UACUUGAACAGAGAUCAUCGUCCUUUGCCUCGCCUCCGCCCACCAAAACCCCUCCAAGCUGUCCUAAAAUCCCAUUUUCUUCUUCUCUCUGCUCAAACCCCCAGAGCCUGCGUGCGCUUCGAAAUUCCAGGUUGCAGAAAACCAAAGCCUUCUCUCUUUAUUUAAAUGGCGGCGACCGCCCCGUGGCAUCCCAAGGAAGAAGGAUUCGCGGCGAUCUGCGGGCUGCUGGAGCAGCAGAUUUCGCAUUCGGCUUCCUCCGCUGACAAGUCUCAGAUUUGGCAGCAGCUCCAACACUACUCUCAGUUCCCCGAUUUCAAUAACUACCUUGCGUUCAUUCUCACACGUGCGGAUGGUAAAUCAGUGGAGGUUAGACAGGCGGCGGGAUUGCUUUUGAAGAAUAAUCUUAAAAAUGCUUAUACUUCCAUGGCUCCUGCAUACCAGCAAUAUAUAAAAUUGGAAUUAUUGCCUUGCUUAGGAGUAGCAGACCGACACAUCAGGUCUACAGUUGGGACCAUAAUAAGCGUUGUUGUUCAGCUAGGGGGAAUUUUGGGGUGGCCUGAACUAUUGCAAGCUCUUGUAAGUUGUUUAGACAGUAAUGACCUAAAUCACAUGGAAGGUGCUAUGGACACAUUAUCCAAGAUAUGUGAGGAUAUACCUCAAGUGCUUGAUUCAGAUGUACCUGGAUUGCCUGAACGUCCCAUCAACGUAUUCCUUCCGAGAUUACUUAAGUUUUUCCAAUCACCACAUGCAUCGCUUAGAAAGCUUUCCUUGGGUUCUGUAAAUCAAUACAUUAUGUUGUUGCCAGCUGCUUUGCAUGCAUCCAUGGAUCAGUAUCUUCAAGGUUUGUUUAUCCUUGCUAAUGACCCGUCUUCAGAAGUGAGGAAAUUGGUUAGUGCAGCAUUUGUGCAGCUAAUUGAAGUACGUCCGGCAUUCUUGGAGCCACAUUUGAGGAAUGUAAUUGAAUACAUGCUGCAAGUCAACAACGACACUGAGGAAGAAGUCGCUCUUGAAGCCUGUGAAUUUUGGUCUGCAUAUUGUGAAGCUCAGUUACCGUCUGAGAACUUAAGAGAGUUUUUGCCACGCCUAAUUCCGAUUUUGUUAUCAAACAUGGUUUAUUCUGAUGAUGAUGAGUCCCUUGCUGAUGCUGAGGAAGAUGGAUCUGUCCCAGACCGUGAUCAGGAUAUCAAACCUCGGUUUCAUUCGUCACGCCUUCAUGGAUCUGAGAACGGGGAAGAUGAUGAUGAUAAUAUUGUUGGUAUAUGGAAUUUACGCAAAUGCAGUGCAGCAGCUCUCGAUAUCCUGUCAAAUGUGUUUGGCGAUGAGAUUCUCCCAACGCUGAUGCCCUUUGUUCAGGCCAAGUUGGCCACCAGUGAUGAUGAAACCUGGAAAGGAAGGGAAGCUGCUGUUUUGGCUCUUGGCGCCAUAGCUGAAGGUUGCAUCAGUGGUCUUUAUCCUCAUUUGAAUGAGAUUGUUGCAUUUUUAAUCCCCCUUUUAGACGAUAAGUUUCCACUUAUAAGGAGUAUUUCUUGUUGGACACUUUCUCGUUUCAGCAAGUUCAUUGUUCAGAGUGCUGGACAUCAAAAAGGUUAUGAGCAAUUUGACAAAGUUCUUGUGGGUCUAUUAAGAAGAAUACUAGAUAAUAACAAGCGGGUGCAAGAGGCCGCAUGCUCUGCUUUUGCAACUCUAGAAGAGGAGGCAGCAGAAGAGUUGGCACCGCGUUUGGAAAUGAUUUUACAACACCUUAUGUGUGCUUUUGGGAAAUAUCAGAGGAGGAACCUCAGAAUUGUAUACGAUGCUAUUGGAACUCUAGCAGAUGCUGUUGGUGGAGAGUUGAAUCAGCCCACUUAUCUUGAAAUUCUGAUGCCACCAUUAAUUGCAAAGUGGCAACAACUUUCAAAUUCAGAUAAGGAUCUGUUUCCAUUGCUAGAGUGCUUUACUUCUAUAUCACAGGCAUUGGGUGCCGGGUUCUCUCAGUUUGCUGAACCUGUAUUUCAGAGAUGCAUAAGCAUCAUCCAGUCCCAACAACUUGCAAAGGUCAAUCCUGUACCCUCCGGGGUCCUGUAUGAUAAAGAAUUUAUUGUUUGCUCUCUUGAUCUGCUUUCUGGACUUGCGGAAGGUCUUGGCAGUGGGAUAGAGAGUUUGGUUUCACAAAGCAAUUUGAGGGACCUGCUUUUGCAAUGUUGCACGGAUGAGGCUUCAGAUGUCCGACAGAGUGGAUUUGCACUACUUGGGGAUCUUGCAAGAGUAUGCCCAGUUCAUUUGCAACCUCGUUUGCCAGAAUUUCUUGAUAUCGCAGCCAAGCAACUGAAUACUCCUAAGCUGCAAGAAACUGUUUCAGUUGCAAACAAUGCAUGUUGGGCCAUUGGAGAGUUAGCAGUUAAGGUUCGUCAAGAAAUUUCUCCAAUUGUUAUGACAGUUAUUUCUUGCUUAGUUCAAAUCCUUCAGCACGCAGAGGAGCUGAACAAGUCACUAAUUGAAAACAGUGCUAUCACCCUUGGGAGGAUUGCGUGGGUCUGUCCAGAGCUUGUGGCUCCCCAUAUGGAGCAUUUCAUGCAACGAUGGUGCAUUGCUUUGUCAAUGAUACGUGAUGAUAUAGAAAAGGAGGAUGCCUUCCGAGGUCUUUGUGCUUUGGUUAGAACCAAUCCAUCCGGAGCAUUGAAUUCACUCAUUUAUCUUUGCAAUGCUAUUGCAAGUUGGCAUGAAAUAAAGAGCGAGGAGCUUCAUAAUGAAGUUCACCAGGUGUUGCAUGGUUAUAAGCAGAUGCUUGUGAAUGGCGGAGCAUGGGACCAGUGUAUGUCUGCCUGGAGCCACCAGUGAGGGAAAAGCUUUCAAAAAUAUACCAAGUGUAGUACUGUACGCAUAGCUGAUGUAUUGUACCGCCUGGCUCUCUCCUCUUAUCAGAUCUCACAAGAGCUCUGUAUUGCGUCCAAACUGUUGAUUUUGUGCAUCACCAUUGCAUUGUGGUCAGGAUUUUUACAAGCCAGGUCCAAAUUUUCAGUCCCAUAAUUUUUGGGAAAGUUUUGUUGUUGACUCAAAUGAAAGCUUGAAGUUAGCCUGGAAUUGGUCUGUACAGCGCAUGGCUGGACAAAUGAAUCUGCAUAGGCUUCGGACAAUAUGGUGUACAGUGCUGAAGGUGUGUUUGUUCUUGUUGUCUUGUAUUUAAAGAGAGGCAAGAAGUAUCUUGUUCCCGUCUUGGAUCAAUAGAUUUUACGUGUUAGAUUUAGAGUUUUGCACAAUUCUGGAGGUUAGGGUUUGUGUCGGUGAUUCCCGCAGAUUUGGUACCGCCCGCGGGGGGUAGGCGGCUACCAUUUAGCUAUUAGAAUUUUGCAUUAAAGUUUUCCAUUGUUUCGUAUAUUGUUCAGAAAGCUGUAAACUUUAUAUUUGAGGACGGAACGCAGUUUAUUCUUGCUGUGUUAAGCAGCUGUGAUAUUUGAAACGGCCGAACGCUAAAAUGUUCUGUAACAGGUUUGCCUUGCGAAUUGAUUUGAGUGUGUUAUUUGUUUCA